AUGGCUGACGCCGCCCUUUCCUUUGCGAUUGAAAGACUUGGAGACUUGCUCAUUUCUGAAGCGAAAUUCUUGUAUGGAGUCGAAGGCCAAGUUGAGGAGGCACAGUCCAAGCUACGAAGGAUGCGCAGCUUCUUAAAAGAUGCCGAUGCAAUUGUGAGACGCGGAAUGGAUGCGGACAAUAGAGUACGCCUUUGGGUUGCAGAAAUAAGUGAAUUUGCUCUUGCUUUAGAAGAUGUUGUCGAAACUUUUGUCCUAAAAGUUGAGUCUCGAAGGACAGGAGGCGUCAAGAAUAUAUUGAAAAGGUUCGCUUGCAUUUUGAAUGAAGGAAUUGAGCUUCAUAAAGUUGGAUCCGAGAUCGACCUAAUUUUUACAAGAUUUUCAACCAUGACCUCAGAUUUUCAAGCAAUGGGCAUCACGAAAUUACCGGACAGCAAAGGAGAAAGUAGUUCUUCGAAUUACCAGCUCCAAAGACAGUUGAGGCGAGCUUAUUCUCAUGUUGCUGAAAAAGAUGUCAUCGGACUUGACGAAGAUAUGGAGAAGUUGGCAGCAGCGUUGACGAAACAAGCUAAUCCCCAUCGUGUGAUUUCUAUUUGUGGGAUGGGCGGUCUCGGAAAAACCACCCUGGCUAGAAAGGUUUAUCAUCAUCCUCAAGUCAACGGUCAUUUUGAUCGCUUUGCUUGGGAAUCAACAUCCCAACAAUGUGAAAAACGCGUUGUGUGGGAAGAAAUUUUAAUCAAACUUACUCCGAGCCCAACCAAGGAAAAAAGAGAAGAAAUCAAAUUAAUGGGAGAUGAUGAAGUAGCUAAGGAGCUCUGCAAAGUUCAGAAAGAUAACAAGUGUUUGAUUCUCCUCGAUGAUAUUUGGACCGUUGAUGCGUGGAAACUUCUAGAGGCUGCAUUUCCAGUACAAGAAGAGACAGAGAGCAGAAUCAUACUAACUACUCGUCACAGAGAGGUGGCUUUGUCUGCAGAUAAGGACGGCCUGGUCCAUGAACCACGGUUACUCAAUGAGAAUGAGAGUUGGGAGUUGUUUGAGAAGAAAUCUUCUUUCAGAAAACAAGGAAUAAGUAAUAUUUCUCACUUAUUCUCAUUUAAAUUUGCCGCACUAUUCAUCUUCAUAUCUAAUACAUACCAAUUUGAAGGCAUUUUCCCAAAAAGAUUAGUACAUCCACAAGUGGACUAG